UAUUUGCUCUUCCAUUUACUAUAACUGCUGAACUUGCUUGGUUCACUGUUCCCACUAUUUUCCUUGUCGCCUUUAUUCUUUUUGGUAUUUUAGCUGUUGGAUACGAUGAAAAUGAUCUUCCGUUGGAUGAUUAUUGCAAGGAUUUGGAAGCAGAAGUCAAAUAUUUGGAAAGGCAUCUUCCAGCCCAGGAAGAAAAAGACAUAAUCCACUAA